UUUUCCUCCUUCUUCCUGUUUAAUGAUGGAGAGGAUAAGAAAAGAGAUGAUACUGAUGGAGAGGAGUUUGCACAGUCCCGUCGCGGGGAAAAGGCUUGCAGACACCCCGGCUAAUUCGGUCCUGGAGGCCCUGGAGAACUCUCAGCACGGCGGACGGCUCAGUCCGAGAAUCACCGCCACCUCCCUGCACGGAAACCUCGCAGACAUCCCGACAAAAGGCAAAUUUGAGAUAGACAGUCUAUUCGGGACGCACCACGGCAGCGAAAACAGCUCUUCGGCAGAUAUUUCGUCAUCAGAAAACAGGAAGAAAAUGAGUUUGUACUCCGAAGUUUCGCAAGAAUCAGAUAUAAACAGUGAUGUGGAGGUGGGAUGCCCUGGGCACCGCUCCCCGAGCCAGCACAAAGAAAACAACAAAGGUUUUUCAGACAGUAAUUCUGGGACUUCCAACAUCACUUCCAACUCCAUGCCGAACAUGAACGGCAAUUCAACGGCAGCAUCAAAUUCGAACAGCGAUCAAGUCAGAAGAUAUCGGACUGCUUUCACCAGAGAACAAAUUGGAAGGCUUGAAAAAGAAUUUUACAGGGAAAAUUAUGUCUCAAGACCGAGAAGAUGUGAAUUAGCUGCAGCGCUAAACCUGCCGGAGACUACAAUUAAGGUGUGGUUCCAGAACAGACGCAUGAAGGAUAAAAGGCAGCGCUUGGCCAUGUCCUGGCCUCAUCCAGCAGAUCCCAGCUUCUACACCUACAUGAUGACGCACGCGGCGGCUACAGGGAGCCUACCUUACCCUUUCCACUCGCACAUGCCUCUACAUUACUAUCCGCACGUCGGCGUCACAGCAGCCGCCGCCGCCGCCGCCGCUACGGGCGCCGCCUCGUCGCCUUUUGCCACUUCCAUCCGGCCCCUCGAUACCUUCCGCGCACUGUCCCAUCCUUACUCACGGCCGGAGCUCCUGUGCAGCUUCAGGCAUCCGGGACUUUACCAGUCACCCGCAGGCCUGAACAGCUCGGCGGCGGCGUCGGCAGCCGCGGCGGCUGCGGCGGCGGCGGCGGCGGUGAGCGCGCCGUCGGCCACCGGGCCUUGCUCGUGCCUGAGCUGCCACAGCAGCCAGGCGGCGAGCGCGCUGAGCUCCAGGAGCACCAGCGCUGACUUUACCUGCACGGCAUCAGGGCAGAGAUCCGAGAGUGGAUUUUUGCCUUAUUCUGUUCCCGCCGUCCUCAGCAAGACGUCAGUCCCGUCACCAGACCAACGAGAAGAAGCUGCGCUCAACAGAUAACUCCUCACGCAAGACA